CUAGAGAGUGAGGUAUUGUCAUUGAAAAAACGACUGGAAGAACUUAGGAAAGCAAAGAACACAACAGUUCUGAAGAAAGAGAAAGAAUACAUUUCAACAGCAAAUCCUAAACAACGAUCAAAUGGAAGUUCUAACUCGAGGUUAGAGCAGAGGUUGGAACAGUUAAGAAUUGAGCAUGAGAAGGAAAUAAGAGAGUUACAAGACAAGAAACCAGCUGAGGUCAAAUGCAAUCAUUUACCAGAAAUUUCAAAAUUACAAAAGGAAAAGAAAAUCCUAGAAACUGAAAAUGAAGAUAUGAAGCGCAUAAAUCGGGAUCUAAAAGAAGAAAAUAAUUCAUUAUUAAAGAAGUUUGAAGAAUUAUUCACAGAAUUGAGCAUAAAAGAAGCACAGUGGUGUGAGAAAGAAGAGGAGCUUAACUUAAAG